CGGUUUGUUUUGGGGUGGCCUUACCAUACUCGCAUCUGCGACAAUCGACUUUUGAUUACGAGCAUUAUGGCCAGCGGUGCCGUUGUUGAGCAGCCCAAGAAACUGAAGCUCUAUUCGUACUGGCGGAGCUCCUGUUCUUUUCGCGUUCGAAUUGCCCUCAACUUGAAAGGGUUGGAGUAUGAGUACAAUGCAGUGAACUUGGUGAAAGGAGAGCAUUUAACUGCUGAGUUUUCCAAGUUGAAUCCCAUUAACUUUGUGCCUGUAUUGGUUGAUGAGGAUGUAGUUGUUGCUGACUCAUUUGCUAUUUUGAUGUAUUUGGAGGAGAAAUAUCCUGAACAUCCAUUAUUGCCUUGUGAUCUUCAAAAAAGAACAAUCAAUUACCAGGCUGCAAAUAUCGUUUCCUCAAGUAUACAGCCUCUUCAGAAUCUUGACGUACUUAACUAUAUUGAGGAAAAAGUUGGUCGUGAUGAAAAGUUUGCUUGGGCAAAACGUCACAUUGGGAAAGGCUUCGCAGCACUGGAGAAACUGUUAAAAGACUAUGCUGGAAUAUAUGCAACUGGGGAUGAAGUUUUUCUGGCAGAUUUGUUUCUAGCACCGCAGAUUCAUGCAGCAAUCAAAAGGUUCAAUCUUGACAUGGCCCAGUUCCCUCUUCUAUCGAGGUUGAACAUGGUGUACAGUGAGUUACCAGCAUUCCAAGAUGCUAUGCCAGAAAAACAGCCAGAUGCUCCAGUUCAACCAAAGGUUUGAGAUUGAACACCACAGUCGCAUUAUUGGAGCUGAGCACCACCCAAGUAGGCUUAGUUUUCAAUGUACGCUGUUGUAUCAUAGAACAUUCUGGUUGUAUAAAAACAAGUUAAUGGAGAAGAUGGGUUGGAUGACUUCGUGUAUUGGAAUGUCCGUAUGAGAAUUUAAUGUAUUUCAAAUUUACUAGUGGAAUUGAAAGUUUCAUAGAA